AUGUCGUUCGCGUCGCCCAUCAAAGCUGCCCUCGGGCGCACUGCGUUUGUGACGGGUGCUGGCCAGGGAAUCGGUCGCGCCAUCGCGUGCCGCCUCGCCAGGGACGGCUACGACGUCUCCAUCGCCGACAUACCCCCUGCGAAGGCAAAGGUCGACGACACGAUCAAGGAGAUUGAGUCGUACGGCAGGAAAGCUAUCGGGGUCUUUGCUGAUGUAAAGGACGCGAAGCAGAUUUAUGCUGCGAUCGACGAAACUGUGGACAGGCUGGGCCCUAACCUCUUCGUUAGUGUCGCGAACGCAGGCGUUACCCAGGUCAAGCCGCUCCUCGAGUGUACGCCAGAGUUCGUCGAGAACGAGAUUCGCAUCAACCUGCUCGGGCUUAUCAACACGCAUAUUGCUGCUGCUAAACAGAUGGUAAAGCAGGGUGCCGGCGGUCGCAUCAUAGGUGCAGGGUCUAUUGCUUCUUACCGGACUGCGAACAACCUUGCACCUUACGGAGCGACCAAGUUCGCCGUUCGGGGCUUCACUGAAGCUGCAGCGAGGGAAUGGGCACAAUAUGGCAUCCGAGUAAACGCGUACGGCCCAGGAAUUGUCGACACUCCCAUGUGGGAUCAUAUCGACAGGGAGCUUGCGAAAAUCGAGAACACCAGUGUUGGUGAGGCCAAAGCGAAACGCGUCAAGAACGAUAUUCUGCUCGGACGUAUCCAAGAGCCCGAGGAUGUUGCCAAGCUGGUCUCAUUUUUGGUGUCUGACGAGGCGGAGUACAUCACCGGGCAGACCAUAAAGACCUGUGGUGGCGCCUCGCUUUGA